AAAAUUCUGACAUGAGCUACCCGUGUUCAGUACUUUACACUAGUCUAUUGAAUGUCCACUCAAGCUGUCUACUUGACCUUUUUGACAUAUUCUGUAACCGUGUUCAUUACCAUAACUGUGUGGACCAUUCCGCACAUACUUUACACUAGUCUAUUGAAUGUCCACUCAAGCCGUCUACUUAACCUUUUCGACAUAUUCUGCUAAGGAUUUGUAUCGAGUCAAGGGAUGCUAUCUCUGAUACCGAAUUGCCAUCAGAGAGUACCGAGGAAGAACAAGAUGAAGUACAACUCUUUCCCUUCUAUUCCUCAGAGACGAACCACUUUUCUUCCAACCCUCCUUUUUCUGUUUGUAAUAAAUUUUCGUUUAGUCAUAUCUACCGUAUCGCACACCUGCGACAAUUCCUCUACUUUCACCGACGGCAGCACUUAUUCCACAAAUUUGAAUCUGGUUAUCAACGAUCUGUUUCUUAAUGCGCCUCGAAGUUCAGGCUUCAACAUUUCUUCCCAUGGUCAAUCUCCCAAUAGGGUCUAUGGUCUGCUGCAGUGUACUGGAAAUAUAUCGGCACUGAGUUGCUCAAAGUGUGCACUGGAGGCGAAUAGCAGUAUUCACGAACUUUGCGCCAACGACAUUGGUGGGCGAAUAUGGUUAGGUGACUGCUUCCUGCGCUAUCACAACUAUAAUUUUAUUUCAAUACUGGAUACUAAUGGAUAUUUGCGGAGGAACCAGCAUAUUAUAACCGGGGAGGCUUUUAAAUCCACAACCAGUAGCCUUCUGUCGAAUCUGUCAAACCAAGCUUACAUCCCUGCAAAUAAAGGAUUCGCUGCUGGAUCAGCCAACUAUUCUGCUUCAGGAAUAUUAUAUGGUUUAGUUCAGUGUUGGAGAGACAUAUCAAUACAAGAUUGUAGAUCAUGCCUGUUUGACGCAAGGACAAAUCUGAACGGUUGCUGUUCUUCAUACCAAGGAGCCCAGGCUCAGUACGGAAGCUGCAAGGUAAGAUAUGAGAUAGUCCCAUUUUUUGGCUCUGCUCAGUCGCCAUCUCCCUCCUCUAACGGAUCCGCUACAAAUACUUCCACACCUCCAGCUGCUUCAACACCUGCUCCCGCAGUAACCCUUUCUCCUCCUGCAGUAGCCCCUUUUCCUAAUACGGUUAAUGGAACUUCUUCAACGACAUCAAAGGGAAAGUCUUCAAAAACAUUACCCAUAGUUCUCAGUCUUGUGGGAGGCAUAAUUCUGACAUUAGCUCUUUAUCUGACUGUAUUAAGAAAAAAGGUUAAAUCUGUCAUUUAUGGUAGGGCAACAACUACUACUCCUGACAAUCGAGAGGGGCAUGGAUUUUCCUCCGAAUCCGGCUUGCUUAUGCAAGAGCAACAAUUUGCCUUCAGUUUAGACAUGUUAGCAGAAGCCACAGAAAAUUUUCAUGACAAAAAUAAACUUGGACAGGGAGGUUUUGGUGCGGUCUACAAGGGAAUAACUAGAAAUGGAAAUGAGAUAGCUGUGAAAAAGCUCUCUGCCAAAUCUGCACAAGGAAACAAAGAAUUUAUGAAUGAAGUGAAACUGGUGGCUAAUGUUCAACACCGAAACCUUGCAAAGCUGCUAGGAUGUUGUGCUGAGGGAAAUGAAAGGCUGCUUGUUUAUGAGUAUUUUCCUAACAAGAGUUUGGACACAUUCCUCUUUGAUUCAGAAAAGGGUAGAGAGUUGGAUUGGCAAAAGCGUUAUAGCAUCAUAGUUGGAAUUACACGUGGGCUUCUCUACCUUCACGAGGAUUCACAGCUGCGAAUUAUUCAUAGAGAUAUUAAAGUAAAUAAUAUUUUACUUGAUCACAAACUCAAUGCAAAGAUAGCUGACUUCGGUUUGGCCAAACUUUUUCCUGAAGAUGAGACACAUAUUCAUACAAGAGUUGCAGGCACAUAUGGUUACAUGGCUCCAGAGUAUGCAAUGCGAGGGCAGUUGUCAAUUAAAGUAGACGUUUACAGUUUUGGAGUGGUGGUCCUUGAGAUCAUCAGUGGAAGGAAAAACAGUGAUACUGAUCUUCCACAUCAUAUGCAAAACCUGUUGGAAUGGGCAUGGAAAAUAUUCAAUAGAGGAAAUGCGCUGAAUCUGGUAGACCCAAAGGCAUCACAAGUCAGCCAGGAGCAGGCCUUAAGAUGCAUUCAUGUUGGGCUUUUGUGUGUACAGGCUGAUGCAACACUUCGUCCAGCUAUGUCUAAUGUUAAUAUGAUGCUCUCUAGCAAUUUAGUGACAUUGCCAAAUCCUUCAAACCCUGCUUAUAUAAGUAAUAGCGAAAGCUACGCAUCAACAUCUAGAUCAAAGUCAAGCUCUGGGUUUGAAGAACAUGAGAGGGGAACAACAUCUCAGACGACAUCAGGGACGACUACCUCAUCUUUCCAACGGAUUCCUUCUAUAAACGAAACCUCGCUCACUCAAAUGGAAGCAAGGUGAACUAUCAAAUAUAACUUCGGAUUCUAUGCUGCUCAUAAUCAACAGAAACUUUACCUGGGUAACAAUUACACCCAAUCAAUAGUACUCAAUACUAUGGCACUUCUUUGGUAAAGUAUAAUACGGGGCGGUUUAUUUCGCCAGAAACUUGUUGGAGUCUAAUCUCACCUACCCCAUCCACAUGCUCCCUAUGCACAAGUGCUUACAGAAUUAGCAGGAUUUGGAUUUGUUUUCAACAUCUACUCCAACCUGUCCACCGUACCUUCUAUAGUGUUAAAACAUUAUUUUAUAUGCAAAAUUCUGGAAGUUUUCAGCUACCUCCUGCCCAUUCUAGAAACAUCUAAGACCUCCAUUAAAAGAGGCAUUUUGUAAUAUUUUGUGGAAUGAAAGGAAGAAUGAAAAUAUGGUCUGAUAAUUAAAAAUU